AGCUCGUGUCUCACUCUCCGAGGUCCACCACGCUUUUGUUUGCCCACUUGCUCGGCGCUGCACCAGUUUUAUUCCUCGAACUCCUUCCACCACGCUCUCGCCUUUGCCUUCUCUGUUUCCGCAUCUCACUCACACACACUGUUUUACUUGUCUGUUUUACCCUGCCUUAUUUCUGCCUAGCUUGUACUCUUCCCUCUCUUUCCUCGCCCCUUCCUCCUCCCGCUUCGGAUUCCCAACCCCCCCCCCUCCCCCCUCACCGGCUCACCGCCCCACCAGCCCAAAACCCUAGCCUCCACCAACGCAUGGCCUCCCCCGCGCGCCCCGCCGCCGCAUCCGUCUCCGGCGCCUUUGGCCUCCCCCCGGACGCGCGCUGCUCCUUCGACCAGCCUCGCCGCCGCGAGGGUUUGCAGGACGAGAGGCUGGUGAGGACGUUCGUGGGCGUCUACGGCCAGCAGGACGGCUGCUACCCCAAGGAGGCCGUCAUGGCGGCCGUGGAGGAGUGCAUGCGGAGGCAGGCCGACGCGCUGCUGCACUCGCUCGAGGGCAUCGGGGGCAGGCUCUCGCAGCUCGAGCUCUACUGCUACAAGCUCGAGAGGUCCAUCGGGGAGCUGCGCAGCGACGUCAUGGACUACCACAGCGACGCCACCGUCAACUUCCGAUGCCUCGACAAGAAUCUCAGACAGGUCCAGAAAGCUGUGCAGAUUCUUCAGGACAAGCAAGAUUUAGCUGAAACUCCAAGAAAACUAGCUAAACUUCAAAUAUCGCAUGAGAUCACUGCUCAAAAGAGUGAAUCCACUGCUUUUUCGAUGCUUGCGACCAGGGAAAAUGAUCACACCUCACAAGUGGCGAAACAAGAGGUCGCCCUUUUUCCACUUCACCAAGUUAAUGGGAUGCAAUCCCCUGCUGUGCAGGUCCACAGCAGCAAUGGGUUUGUUCUGCAGCACCUAGUGCCUGUUUCUUUGAGCACGCAGCAUGAUCAGCAGCAGCUGAACCAAGCUGCUGUGUACUAUAUGCAAAGCCAGGAUCAUGCCAUGUGCACAGAGAGCAAGCCAUUGGAACCUGUAGUUCAAGUUUUGCAACCACUUGUCCAGAAUCCUGAAGCCAGGGUUGCGGUUGAAGUACCUCAGAAAUCAAGUCAGGCAACAGAAUUAUACCCUCAACCCCAGAAUCACAGGCUUCCAAUGCCUACCCAGCAGAUUGAUUCGCAUACAUGGCAUUCCCAACAGCCCAUGGUGCAACAUCAGCAGUACAUCAUCCAGCAAGUUCCGAGACAGAUGGCUCAACAACAAUCAUCGUCUCCUCAGUCUCAGAGUGCUCCUCAAGUCACACCCUUGUAUCCUCCAUACUGUUCCCAGAAGCCUGCUAAUGCUAACACUGAACCAAUUUCAAGUACUGUGGCUGUGCAGCCUCCAUACACUUCACCGCAGCAAAAGCAUCAUGAAGUUGCCCGUUCAUUUUAUGGCCAAGGCAACGCAACUUUGCUUCAAGUAGCAGAUCAUAACAUCCAGUAUCAGCAGCCACAAUCACUGCAGCCACACAGCCAGGGCCCAUGCUCACCUCAACCAAGCAAGCCCAACCACUGCAGUGUUGCAUCUUAUGCUGUUCAAGGAAGUGGUCAGGCCUACAGCUCCACAUACAAGAACCCUUCUAACUGCCCUGCAACUGUUGUUGCUGUUCUGCCUCAGCCUCCAGCUACUGCCCCUAUGGCGUUUCAUCAUUUGGGACCGCAAGUCAUGCACAAUCAUACCUUUGUAAACAUGGGUGAAACAGCUAGUGUAGUAGGGUAUCCAUGGGAUCGAGUCGAGACUCUCCCGGCAUCCCAACCUAUAGACUCCAGUGCCAUGGUUAACAAGCUCAAUGCUGGUAGCACUGUGACAUCCCCACGCGAAUGGCCAGCAUAGUGGAAAAUGGACACUCACAUUGGGGCAUUUUCAUGGCUUCACCUAUCACUAUGUGUUGUUGUUUCAAGCGUAUCAGAUCUGUGUGGGUAUCUCAUCUGGCUUUUUUUUUCACUGUUAGCCAGCAGAUUGGAACGGAACCUUCUACCUUUUUUCAGCUGAAGGGUCAAUCUGAAAUAAGAAAGCUAGGUUAGUCGAGUGAUAAUUGUUGGCAUACGUCCUCACUUUUAAUGGGCAUAUCUCCUGUAGCCGCUGGUGAACUUAUAUGCCUUUUCUAUAUGAAUAUAUGACGAGUUUACAUCAUCUUAUCAGAUGUUAGCUAGGUAGCCUACAACGUUGGUUCUAACUUUCUAGGUUUUAACAGCUGGUGCUUUCUCAUAGAAUCUGUCAUUCUCGAUCUAGCUAGUUUUGUAUAUGGAAUGAAGAUGAAUAUAGCUGUGAUUGAAAUUUUAUAGUUGGCAUUCUCUCUUGUAA